CUAUCAAUCACAUUCAUUGAUCGCGGGAGUUCAAUUCCUUAGCAUAUACUUUUUCAUUUCGUCCUUCAUUCAUCUUUCACACUCUAAUCCACAUUUGCGCGUAAAACUCCAAAAUCCAUCACUCCAGAACAAUCCGUAACCACCUGGUAUUCCAAUUUCCCCAAUUCCAUCUCAAAACCGCAAAAUUAGGGUUAGGGAUUUUAAACUUUUUUCGCGCAACAGUUUGUUUUCUCAAUGAUCAGCGAUGAAUGUGGAGGGAUUGCAGCGCAAAGUAGAAGGUUGGAUCAAGGAUCACACCUCGAAAUUCCCGAAGCUUCAACUUCCACCAUGGUCGCAGCUUCAAUGGGUACGAGUGAAGUGGCCGCCAUGGUCGAGUGAUAAAGAACAUCGAAGAAAGCUUCAAGAGGAGUAUGAAACAAAGAGGAAGCAACUUCAAGAUCUUUGUUGCGCCAUUAAAGCUGAAUCUGUUUCUGAUUUGCAGGAUAUUCUUUGUUGCAUGGUUCUUUCUGAGUCUGUUUACAAGAGGCCUGCGACUGAGGUAAUUCGAUCUGUAAAUAAGUUCAAAGCCGACUUUGGAGGGCAAGUUGUUGGCUUGGAGCGGGUUCAGCCGUCUUUGGACCAUGUUCCUCACAGAUACCUGUUGGCAGAAGCAGGUGACACUUUGUUUGCUUCCUUCAUUGGGACAAAAGAGUACAAGGAUGUGGUGGCCGAUGCUAAUAUAUUUCAAGGAGCUUUAUUUCACGAGGAUGACAUGGAGGUUAUGGAAGAAGCAGAAGUUGCUGAGUCUGAUAUGGCUAGUGGUCAAAAGGGAAGUGCAGAUUCUCAAGCAAAGACUCUUGAAACAAAACAUAAGCAGUUGAAGUACAAGCGGCGACCUGCUGCUCAUAGAGGGUUCAUGGCUCGUGCAAAAGGGAUACCAGCCUUGGAGCUAUACAGGCUUGCUCAGAAGAAAAAGCGCAAACUUGUCCUAUGUGGGCAUUCACUUGGUGGAGCUGUGGCAGCAUUGGCCACGCUAGCCAUUUUGAGGGCUAUUGCCGUUUCUUCCCCAUUGAAAGACAAUGAAAAAUUUCAAGUCAAAUGUAUUACUUUCUCCCAGCCUCCUGUUGGGAAUGCAGCUCUCAGAGAUUAUGUUGAUCGGAAAGGAUGGCACCAUUAUUUCAAGACAUACUGUAUUCCAGAAGAUCUGAUACCUCGAUUUUUAUCCCCGGCUUAUUUUGAUCACUAUAAUAGUGCACAGUCUCCAGUAGCUGAUGUUGGUGCUGCUUCAUCGUCAAAUGGUAAUCAAGGGAAUGGUGGGGUGAAACUAGAGGGCACAAAAUUAAGAGAGAGCCAAGGAGACAAAUUGAAAGAGAAUGGAGGGGAGCAGUUGGUUAUUGGCGUUGGCCCUGUUCAGACCCCAUUUUGGAGGUUGUCCCGCCUUGUCCCUAUAGAGGGUAUUAAAAGACAUCUAAUGGGCCAGAAAGGAACUGAAACUUCUGAUAAAGCGCCAUCAGAAUCAGAGUCUGCGGCAUCUUCAUUAACUGAUAACACAACUGCACCACAAUCUUUAGAGAUCGAAGAAGGCUGUAAUGGUGUUUCCCUUAUGCCAAUAUCUGAUUCUGAUGCAAAGGCGCCAGCUUUGGACACUGGCAGAAAGGCACCUGAGAAAAGUGGCAACAAUGAAGGUGAUGGCAGAGCAUGGGGCAGAAUGCCUUCUUUACCUUCAUAUGUGCCUUUUGGGGAGCUUUAUAUGUUGGGGACUUCAUCAGUGGAAUUUCUAUCAGAUGCAGAAUACUCAAAGAUGACAUCGGUCAAAUCUGUGAUUGCUGAGCUGAAGGAACUUUUGCAAUCGCAUUCAAUGAGAUCUUAUAGAUCAAGAUUCCAGAGGAUCUAUGAUCAGUGCAUGGGUGAUUGUCCUGCACCAUUUUUGGGUAUUGAGCAACUUCAGCAGUUCCCUCACCUACACCAAUGGCUUGGGCUGUCAGUUGCUGGAACAGUUGAACUUGGGGAUAUUGUUGAGUCUCCAUCCAUCCGUACAGCAACUUCAAUUGUUCCACUUGGGUGGACUGGCACUCCCGGCAAGAAACCUUCAGACCCCUUGAAAGUUGAUAUUUUAGGUUCUGGGCUCCAUCAAUGUACUCGAGUUCAGGCACAAGUAAAUGGUCACUGGUGUUCAACGACUGUUGAGUACCAUCCUCCUGCGCCAACUCAGUCAGAUGAACAACAGCCUGAAUUAAAUAAAAUGAGGGUGCUAAUUGGAGCCCCAUUAAGAUAUCCUCCAAAGAAUCAGAUUGUACCAGAUGCACUCACAGUGUUUCCAUCCAUUGAUUCCGAAUCCAUUAAUCUAAAAGCGCAACAAAUGUUAGGCACAUUAUCUAGAAGUAGAUUUCUCCCGCCUCCAGGAUUAAGUACUUUUGUGCUUUACUGUACCACUGACUUCACCACUGUUAAUAAAGAGGUUGAUGUCAGGACUCGCAGAGUUCGAUUUGUUGGCCUUGAGGGUGCUGGUAAAACAUCUCUUUUCAAGGCUAUCUUGAAUAAAGGAAAACAUUUCACUCCCAUUGAAAGUGAUAGUUUGCAGCCUGAAGCAGAUAUUCAUGAAGUUAUUGAUGGUGGUUUAUGCUACAUGGACUCAGCCGGAGUAAAUUUACAGGAGAUGAGUGCUGAGGCUUCUCGUUUGAGAGAUGAAUUAUGGAUGGGUAUCCGAGAUAUUAGCAAGAAGAUAGAUCUGCUUGUUCUUGUUCAUAACCUUGCGCAUCAAAUACCUAGAUACAGCGACUCAAAUGUGUCACAUCGGCGACCAGCCCUAUCUUUGUUACUGGAUGAGGCUAAAUCUCUUGGUAUUCCUUGGGUCCUCGCAAUAACUAAUAAAUUUGCUGUCAGCGCACACCAGCAAAGAGCAGCAAUUGAUGCUGUAUUGAAGGCAUAUCAAGCAUCUCCUAGCAAUACCGAGAUAUUGAAUUCUUGCCCUUAUGUUAUUCACACAGCAGGCAGUUCUUAUGCCUCAUUGUCCAGUGUUGUGGCUCGAGAAGACACCGAUAGAGGAAUGGUUCCUCAAGGUCUUGUUCUAGGCCCAUUUAACUUUGUGCGCAGACCUUUCCAGAGAAAAGCCACUAUUCUUCCAGUAGAGGGUGUGGAUUCCUUUUGUCAGCUUGUGCAUCGUGAGCUGCGGAAGAAAGAGGAGUCUUCCCUUGAGGAAUUUGCUAGGGAGAGGCUUUUGCUGGAGUUCUCAGAGGAUCGUGCGAAGGGGCUUGCUGCCAAGAGUGAUGCACAGGACAAAGCUAAUUCAAUUUCUGCAGCGACAGUCGGUGCGUCUCUUGGGGCUGGUCUUGGGGUUGUAUUGGCUGUUGUGAUGGGCGCUGCAUCAGCCUUGAGAAAACCAUGACAUUUUCUCGGGAAUAGUCCCUAUAAAACAUUGCUAUAUGUAACAUUAUUGUAUAUAGUUAAUUUAGUGAUAAUUAGUAAGUCAAGUGUAUUAGUGCGCUUUGGUAUACGUGGCCUCUGAUUUAUUCAUUAAUUCAAAUGUUCAA